AUGCCACGCCUUACCAGGGCCAGCUGCCUUCCCCAAAGCCAACCCGCCAUUCAAAUCUUCACAAAGGCAACCAAGGCCGGCGUCACACCGCUAUUGCCUGCUAAGAAGACUGCCUCCCUGCCUGUUUCCCCGUCGAAGAAGCGAAAGCUCCAGGAAAUCGAGAACAUCGACCGUCCCGGUCCUCAGACGGUUGAAGAACCCGAUACUCCCUCCAAGACCCUCAAACUCAGCCAAUUAUCCGUCUCCUCUCCACGCAGUGGCCACUAUGCAACACCGAAACGUACUCCUAGUCGCCGGGCUCGCGUGUCCACCAUCGCGGAGAGCCCCUCGACGCCCGACACCCCUUCCAAGCAACGAACUCUCAACUUUGAAAAGGUUGUCCCCGAGCCAAAAGAGCCUGUCCUUGCACCACGAGUGCCUUGUGUGACCGACUUCUUAAAUCUCUAUUCCGCUUUUUGUCAGGCCAUCUCUAUCCACGCCGCACACAACGGCCCGAUCACCCCUGCCGACAUCCGAGAAUUCCUCCCCAGUAUUACCCGCAUUUGGAAAAAGCGCAAGGUGCAGAUCAAAGACCUGCAGCGCCUUGUGUGGGUCUGGGAUCACAGUUUGAAAGCCAAGGACAUUACCUACCGACUCGCAAACUAUGGACUUGGAAAGGUGUGUCUUGAGCGUAAGGUUCAGAUCGACGAACAGGGUUCAGCUUUGCAGGAUGCGUUUGAGCAGGCAUUCGAUUUACUCUGGGAGCAGACCGAGGAGUCCCUCAAGGAAGCCAAAGAAGAGGAUCGCCCUGCACUUUUUCUAGAGACUCUCGGUCUUGCUUGUAUCCACGAAUCCCUCACCCCGUUCACUGCGUUCCAGAAGGGUCAGCAACGACUGCAGGAUCUGAGAGGCGGUGUCAUCCGCAUGAAGACUGAGAUGCUGCGUUCUGAGAACAACCAGACAGGCUUGAAGCCUCUGGCUGCUACCAGCAACCGUCGCCAGAGCCUUCUUGAGCGAUUGAAGAGCAAGGAGCUGCGCCAGUCCAAACUCCCUCCUCCGCCAACCAAGAAGGAGAUGCUUCGCCGCUCGGCCGCUGAGCAUGUUGAGGAAGUUGCUGGUAUCCUGGCCCUCCUGCGUCCGGCUGGCUAUGUUGGCACUGGUAUCAAGGCCAUGCUUGCCAAUCAGCGCAAGCCCUUCCAGAUGGAGACGAUCGUGCAGCAUGUUCGGGAUUCAAUCCGUACUCCAAUUCCUAAUGAGGAAGUCCAGAUGUGCAUUGAGAUUUUGGCCGACCCUCGGGUUGCUGGCCACUGGGUCAACCUGGUGACUAUCAAAAAUUUGAAGUCUGUUGUGUUGAAGUCCUGCAAAGAUAUUGCAGCCAAGGAUAUCGGGGCGAAAGUCGCCCUGUUGAAGGCUGAUUGGGAUAAGGCCGCGUCUUGUCCAGUUUCUGUGCUGAGAAUUUGA